CAGAACCACACCAUCUGGGUGUGGAACAGGGGAUAGACUUGUUCUGGUUGGCCUUAGAGCGUAGGAGCAGUGGGGUUUGGAAGAGAUCCAGAGAGGCGCAGAAAGGACUUCGGAAUAAUUAAUUAGAAACGAAAUUAACCACGAAAAGAGCUUCUUGCCUUCCCAGGUAGUGAACUGCCCAUUUCUGGAAGCGUUCAAGCAGCUUCUAGUCAGAGAUGCUAUAAGAAGGCCCUUACUGGGAGUACGGAUUUGCCGGUCCCUUUCAGGGUUGUGAAUAUACGAUUCUAAAACUCCAGGAAACCACUCCGCAGACUCCGUAACUUCUCUGGGGCCCCAUUCAACCGCCCCCCGCAAGUCCGAGGGGGCGGGGCUGACUGGGCUUGGGGAGCGGGAGAGCUAAGAGAAAGGACGGGGAGGAGCCGAGGCAGCCAGCGCAGGGCUAUAAGGGGCUGGAGCCCGCAUUGGUCAGGGUUUCUGGUAACUAGCGGACGGAGGCCGGCUGCCUGCCAGCUGCUGCACUCUUAAAACUCCUGCCCACCAUGACUUGGUCACAUCUCUCAGUCGGGCUAUUGUUAUUGAUGCAAACUGUGUCUCCUGCUCCAGAGACUCCUUCUACAGUGAAUCCCUGCUGCUACUUCCCAUGUCAACACAAAGGUGUCUGUGUGCGCUUUGGCCUAGACCAAUACCAGUGUGAUUGCACCCGAACUGGCUACUAUGGGCCCAAUUGCACCACCCCGGAGCUAUGGACGAGGAUCCGGGAAGCCCUGCGACCCAGCCCUUCCUUCUACCAUUUCAUCCUAACCCAUGGUCGCUGGAUCUGGAACAUUAUCAACACUACCUUCAUCAGAGACGUUCUCAUGAGGCUUGUUCUUACUGUUCGAGCUAACCUGAUUCCCAGCCCACCCACCUACAACUCGUACCACGGCUUCAUUAGCUGGGAGUCCUAUGCCAAUUUGAGCUUCUAUACUCGAGUUCUAGCCCCUGUACCUGAAGACUGUCCUACCCCCAUGGGGGUCAAAGGGAAGAAAGAGCUGCCAGACCCAGAGUUGCUGGCCCGACGCUUCCUGUUGCGGAAAGAGUUUGUGCCAGACCCUCAGGGGACCAAUCUCAUGUUUGCCUUCUUCGCCCAGCACUUCACCCAUCAGUUCUUUAAAACAUCUGGAAAGAUGGGUCCUGCCUUCACCAAAGCCCUGGGCCAUGGGGUAGACCUCGGCCAUAUUUAUGGAGACAACCUGCAGCGCCAGUACCAGCUACGCCUUUUUAAGGAUGGGAAGCUCAAGUUUCAGAUGGUGGAUGGGGAGAUGUAUCCACCAUCAGUGACUGAGACUCAAGCAUCCAUGAGAUACCCAGCAAAUGUGCCUGAAAGUCAACAGAUGGCCGUGGGCCAAGAGGUGUUUGGGUUGCUCCCAGGCCUCAUGAUGUAUGCUACAAUCUGGCUUCGGGAGCACAACCGUGUCUGUGACAUCUUGAGAGCUGAGCAUCCCACCUGGAAAGAUGAGCAGCUCUUUCAGACAGCCCGACUCAUCCUCAUAGGGGAGACCAUCAGGAUUGUCAUUGAAGAAUAUGUGCAGCACCUUAGUGGCUAUUUCUUGAAGCUGAAGUUUGACCCCGAAAUGCUGUUUGGAAUCCAGUUUCAGUACCAAAACCGUAUCUCCUUGGAGUUUAACCAUCUGUACCACUGGCAUCCACUCAUGCCUGACUCCUUUGUGGUGGGAGAUCAGGAAUACAGCUAUGAGCAGUUUGUAUUCAACACCUCCAUGCUUUUGGACUAUGGUGUGGAGGCCCUGGUGGAUGCUUUCUCUCGACAGAGGGCAGGCAAGAUUGGUGGGGCCAAGAACAUCAACCACCAUAUCUUGCAUGUGGCUAUCAGCACCAUUAAGGAGUCACGGGAGCUGAGGCUUCAGUCCUUCAAUGAAUACCGCAAGCGCUUUGGCAUGAAACCCUACACCUCCUUCCAGGAGCUCACAGGAGAGAAGCAGAAAUCAGCAGAACUGGAGGAACUGUAUGGAGACAUUGAUGCUCUGGAGUUCUUCCCAGGUUUACUUAUAGAGAAAUCUCUGCCCAACUCUAUCUUUGGGGAGAGUAUGGUGGAGAUUGGGGCCCCUUUCUCCCUCAAGGGACUCUUGGGGAACCCCAUCUGCUCUCCAGAGUACUGGAAGCCCAGCACAUUUGGUGGUGAAACUGGCUUUAACCUUGUCAAGACAGCCACGUUGCAGAAGCUAGUUUGUCUCAAUGUCAAAAUGUGUCCCUACGUCUCAUUCCGAGUGCCUGACCCAGACCAAGUGGACAAGCAAAGUGUGAAGAGGCCGUCUACUGAGCUGUGAGAGAAACAUUGACAUUCCAGAAGGCUUUGUGUUAUUCUUGCUCUUCUGUCUGGAAUUUGGAUUCUUGGUUUCAUGAUGCAAAACUUUGGGUCCUUAGUUGGUUUUUCCAAAUGUUUAUUCCAGAGCUUCAGAGCUUUGAUUUCUGAUAGACGUUCUUGAAUAUUAACUGGCUUUCUGGAACCCCUGGAUUGUAAUUUGGUUCUCUGGAGCAUUGAUUUUCUCUAUUCUCUCCAAAUGAAUUACUAAAGAAUUUUAAUCAUUUAGGGGAGGAUUCUUCUAUUGUGCUCAGGACCAGGGAAACUACAUUGGCCUCAGACCUGGAAGGGGGUUGCUGUGGAAAGUGGGGAAGAUAGGUUCUCUUCAUCAUCUUCAUGUCCAGCCUGGUAUGUUUUUGCUGUAGGUUUUUGGGGUACUGUUUGUGUGUUGGGGAUAGUGACUAUAGAUGGGUUCAGGGAACAGCUGACCUACAUUUCCCUGAGAGUGCCUACCACCUUUUCCCUAGCCCUGGAUUUCCCAAGAGGUCUUGGGUCCUCAGUUGAGGCCAAUAAAAUAUUUUCAAAGUUGCUUCCUGUGUUUCUCCUGCUAACUUGGAGUUGCACCUCCUUGACCUUAGUAGCAACUAUAGAUAUGUCACUAUGUGCCCUGUUAUGCACUAUCCUGCUUUCUUCCUAUCAUUUUUUGAUACAGUGUAAGGUGAAGUAUAUUUUAUCUUUAAACCUCUUGGAUUUACCAUUGUUGAUCAUGGUGCUUAAAACACCAUUAUGAGUCGAUACCUUUUUCUUGCUGUUAAAUGAGCUUUUUUUUAAAUUAAAAAAUACAUUUUUUACUCUCUCAAUUUUCUCACCAUGGAAAAAAGGGAAAGAAAAACAAAACUAUUUUGACAAAUACACAGUAAGGCAAAACAAAUCUCAACAUUGGGUAUAUCUAAAAAAUUUUUUUUCACUAUACACCCUGAUCUCAAUAUAGAACUGAUUCAUCAGCAGUCCUCUGAAACUAGGGUUGAUUAUUGCACCGAUUAGAGUUUAUAAUUCCUUCAAAGUUUUUUGUCUUUACAGUAUUUUUUGUUAUUCUAUAAUUGCUCUCUUGGUUCCACUUACUUUACUCGGUAUCAGUUCAUAUAGAUAUUCCCUAGUUUCCCAGAAACUGCCCCUUUCAUUAUUUCUUACAACACAGUAGCAUUAUCAUAUGCCUUAAUUGGUCCAGCUGUUUCCUAAAUGAUGAGUAACUUCUUUAUUUUCAGUUCCUUGCUACCAAAAAAGUGAAACUAUAAAUAAAUAUUUUUCCAUGUGAUCCUUUCCUUUUUAUUUUGAUCUUUUUGUGAUUUAUGCCUGGUAGGAGUAGUUCAAAGUGUAUGUACUCUUUAGUGCCUUUUUGGGGCAUAAAUCAAACCAGCUUUUUAGAAUGGCUGGGCCAAUCACUUCUUGACCUUUUGGCUAAGAUCAAUAGUAGAAUGGCUGGGCCAAUUGUAUAGUUCUACUAAUAGUGCAUUAAUGAACUUAUUUUUCCACAGUCCUGUCAGUAUUUAUCAUUUCCUGUUUUUGGUCAGCUUUACCAAUCUGAUGCCUAAGGUAGAACUCAGACUUUCUUUAAUUUGCUUUUCUCUAAGUAUUAUUGAUAUGGAUCACAUAUUUUUUCCCACAUGGCUAUUUAUAGCUUCCUCAGAGAGCUGCCUCUUUAAUGAUCUUUGGUAUAAUUAGAGAAUAACUCUUAUUCUUAUAAACUUGGAUCAAUUUUUAAUGUAUCUUGGAAAUGAGACCUUUAUUAGAGAUGCUUGCCAAAAAGAUUUGUGCCCCUCCUGUUUCUUUUUUAUUUUUAGCUGCUUUAAUUUUUGUCUAUUCCUUUUCACUAAGCUCUUUCCUUUUUGGGUUUCCUUAAGGGGUAUUAAUGAUAAAAAUAACAGAAUAUAUUUCUUUAGCACUUCCCAACUUCAAAGCAAUUUCUUCACAGAAUCCUUAUAAGGUAGGUAGUCCAAGUAUUAUCAGUACCAUUUUACAGAUAAGAAAACGGAGACCAAGGGAGUUAGAUGAUUUUCUCAAGAUCACUAAUACCUUGGUAAGAAGGAAUUUAUUACGUUUCCUUCUGUAAAGGAAAGAUAAAAUAUGUGGUAGUGUGUGUGUCCAUGUAUGUCUGUGUAGGGGGAAAUGCAGGUAGAAAACCAAAACUGCCUUGAAUAGUACAUAAGAGUUUUCAAAGCAAAUUUGUAUAUCUUAUCUCAUCUGAUCCUUAUAACAACCCUGUGGGUGAGCUUCACAAAGGAGAGAAUUGCCCAUGUUAUAGAUUAUGAAACCAAGGUCUAUAGAGGUGUCAUAGCUAGAAAGAUGCAAACCAGAAAUUAAUAAUAACUAAUAAUUCAAAGGGCAGUCACAUGGCAGAGUAGAUAGAAUAUUAGGUUUGGAGUCAGGAACUUGCCUUCCUGAGAUCAAAUCUGGCUUUAAACACUUUCUGGCUGUGUUACCCUGGGCAAGUCAUUUAAUCAGGUUUGCCUCAGUUCCUCAUUAAAAAAAACCCCAACUAAACAAAACAAUGAGCUGGAGAAGGAAACGAUAAACAACUUCAAUAUCUUUGGGAAGAAAACCCCAUACAGGAUCACAAAGAGUCAGACAUGACUGAAAAUGAUGAAGAAAAUAACUCAACAGUACUUUUCUAACAAAAACUAAGUUGGAAGUACAGUUAUUAUCUGAUUUUAUAGGUGAGGAAAAUGAGGUGAAGUUGAGAGAAGGUAAAUGACUUGCUCAGAGCCAUUUAGAGUAUUAUACAAGUCUUUGAUCCCUUAGCCAUCUUUCUUCCUACAUUACAUUACUACUUACUUCCUACAUCUACAUUAGCUGCUCAGAAAGGAGAUAGCCCAGGACCCUGACACCUUAUUCAUCUCUGGGGAGGAGGCUAAUGGACAAUAGGCUUAAUUCAUUCACAAUAUGAUCAUGGAAAAAAUGGUAAGAAUUUACCCAGCAUCUUCUUUGAGAUUAGUAGGAAUGAAGAACUGUGGGUAGAAGUUUCAGAGAAACAGACUUGAGUUUAAAGUACUUAACAUUUAAAAUUGGCCCAAAGUAGAACCAGUUGCCCUGUCUGAAGUCAGAAGAGUAGAAGCUGGAUGCUACCAUUCAGGAUUGUUGUAGAAAGUAUUCUGUUUGAGGUACAAGUGGGUCUAGAAAUUCCUUUCAUCUUGGAGAUUCUUGGCUUCAAUGCCGACUCAUCUUAGACUAGACUUUAAUGACAUAAUAAGUUGCGGAAUAAUAUAAUCUCAGAGCUGAAAGGAACCUUGGACACAGGAGAUUAGAAAUAAAAGGGACCUUGGAAUUUGGAAUGAUAGAUUUGCCCUAGACCUUAGAGGUUAUUUAAUCACUUUGGUUCCUAGUGGAGGAAAUUAAAAUUAAGUAGCCGGGAAGUAUUUGCCCAAGUACUUGAACCCAGUUCUCUGAGUUUAUAGCCCUUGAUUACAUCAUGAUCUCAGGCUUUUUGGGGGGUGGCAUUUACAUUAAAUAUGAGAGUGAGUGGGCCAAAGCCAUUGGAUGGGAGGAGGGGAAGUGAAGCUUCCACAAGAAAUGUGAAUGACUGCUCUUUUCCUACUGGUCUCAGAGGAAACUGUCUCCAAGCCCAGAGAGGGAGUCAGGAUGAAAGGAGAUGAUGUGCUGGGAAAAUUGGAUGACUUCUAGUGUGAAAUGGCAUGAAGAAGGUUUCCUCUUCAUGAUGAGGUCCCUGGUGUGGCCUAUCUAAUAAGGCCUAGGGAAAUCAUUCUAAAGAUUCCUGUUUCUCUGAAUCUGAUACUAAUUCUCCACUUGGAUCUCUGCCCCCCAGUUUGGGGGAAAGUUUAACUUCUCCAGAGCAAGUGGCUAAUUGGAAACCCAAUGAACCAGCUUCUCUACUCAUCCAUUUCCCUGAAGCUGCCACAAAGUCUCCAGUGCUGGAAAGACUUCUCAAUACCAUACAUCAUUUUACAUCACGCAGAUCCAUCUCAUCCUGAGAAACAAAUUGCUACCCUAGGUUUUUAUUGGUGCAUAUAGCCUGUCUGGAUUCUAGUCCUUGACCCUAUUCCUAAUCCAGUGUAUGACUUUAGAUAAGUCACUUCCCUUGUUUUCCUUCAUUUUAAAAUCAUACUUAAUCUACUUACCUCACAGGGUUGUUGUGAGGAUCAAAUGAGACAAUGUGUAUAAAUUAAUAUUUUUUGGUAAAUUAAAACACUAUAUUAAAAGAAGUUAUAACACUUUCAUCUUGUCAGCUUGGAUGCUAGACUCUGCUACUUAUUGGUUGUGUGAUUUGAAGUCAUUUCUCUAGAUUUCCUUUGGUGUUGAUUUUAUUAUAAAAUUAAAUGGGUGGACUGAGUGAUAUCUAAGGUCCCUUCCUGUUUUGAUAUCCUAUGUUCAUCAUAGGAUUUUAGACCUCGAGCUUCAUGGCAACUCUGAGCCCAUCUAUUUCAAUCCAUUUCAUUUUAUAGCCAAGGAAACCAAGGCCCAAGGAAGUUAAAUGGUUUGCCUAAAGCCCCACUGGCAGUAACAGAAGUGGCAUUUGAAAGAAAACCUGAAUCUAGGUGUAAUCACUCUUACAGGCACCAUUCUUCAAAUACUUAAUGACAGCUUUCAUUCUUCCCUAAGUCUUCGUUUUUCUAGGCCUAACAUCCCAACACCCUUGGUUCUGUACCUUUAUAUAUGACCUCAAGGUCCUCCACCAUCCUCCUAACCCUCCUCUAGCAGCUCUUCAGUUUAUCAAUAGCCUUUCCAAGAUAGAGUAUCCCAGUGUGGCUUCAUCCUUUCCAUGAAAGUAUUCAUGCAUCCAUUCAGAAUUCAUCCUUCAGCAUAUUUUCAGUCCCUGUGGGUUGCCUUCAAAGCUUUCCUCUUUUCCUUAUACCAAUGAGGAUAUUCAAGAGGAAUCGGGGAUAGCACUGGGUUUAAGGAGAAUAUGUGAGGGACAGACACAAUUAAUCAGGCAUUUAGUAAGCACCUACUUUGUGCCAGUCAUCAAGCUUUUGGUACUAAGAACACAAAAGGAAUAAAUGAAGCAGUUCUUGUCCUUGAGGUACCUACAUUGCAUCACAGAAGGGAGACAGUGUCCAUAGAGAAGUAUAUACAAAGUAAAUACAAAAUAAAUACAAAGUACACAGUUGAGGAAUGGAAAUACUUCUAGAGGUUUUUCAUUCCAUAUCAAACAGACCUUCCAAAGGGCAGAUUUAAGAGUUGAUGGAUACUAUGUAAUAAGCUACUGUUGCUUCCAGUUUCCAGUUCAGUGAUCCUAAUGGAAAAUGCAGAGAAAGAGAGUCAACAGUCCCUGCACACAAGCUACUUAUUCAUUUGAUCCAGAGCAUCUAAGAUCAUAUCAUGCAUUUCUCUCAUGUUGUGAAUGAGGUGACUAAGUCUCAGCAAAACUGAGCUCAUACAGGGAGUUAACCCAACUGGGGUUUAGACACAGCAGGGUCCUUAGUUUUAAUAUUUGUAAAAUGAGAUUGUUGGAUUGUAUGAUCCCUAAAGUUCUUUCCAACUUAAAAUUCAAUGAUUACGUGGUUUUUGGAUACUUAAUUCAUUGCUUUUUUCAUUAUACUAUGUACUUCUGGUCUCCCCCCAAGGAAAAUUCGUAGUCUUAUGGGAGAUACAUGGUCUCUGCCCAAGGGCAGCUUUCAGUUGGAUAAAAAGAACAGAAAUUUUUGUGAGCAUUUAGAAGGAACAGAAAGAAUGUAAUUUGGUGGGAAGAUGGGAUAAAGGAGAGUGAGACAAAGAUUAUGGAAAAGGAACCAAGCUACAAACAAAAAUUGGCUCAACUAGGUCCAACAACUAAAGACCAUAUGACAUGGGAUUGCAACCCCUCUGGUCUAGCUGCUGCAUAUGAGAGUUAGUGCGUUUAAGAAACAGGCUUGGCCAAGAUAUUAAUGCACUGAGCAUGUCAAUCUUGGGUACUUCACCUUGAACAUAAGACCCAGAAAAUAUCAGAUUUGAGAGGAAAAAAAGAAAGAUUCCUUAGAAAUGGAAGGAAGAAGCUGAGAUCUAGAACUUUAUUCUACCAAGAAGCCUUCACAUAUCUUACUUCAUGCUAUUAUUCCUCUGGCUGUACGUAAGAGCUGAAGCAUAGAGAUGGUUACAGUACAGAUGACCAUCAAUGCCUUGUUCAUGACUGUAUAUGGACAGAAGCUAGAAAGAGAGAUGAUGCUCCCCCAAAACAGGAUCAUAGUAGUGAGUUGGGACCUAUAAAUGGUAAAGGAACUGUUGUGAAUAAACUGGUAGGUAAUAAGAGAUGCUGUAUCUUCUUUAUAGUCUCUGUUGUUGGUAAAAGGAUUGCAGGCUGAUAGUUGAGUUUGAGCUGUUGUGAGCUGAGGCUCAGUGUAACUGGUUUUGGGCCUAAUUCAAGGAUAACUAAGUGAAUGACUUGGAGACAGUUUUUAAGAAAACAAAACCUCUAUUUAAAAAGGUUUAAGGAUAGGCAAGGAUAAAUAAAAUGGUAGAGAACAGGAUCCCUAAUUCUAAGGGGGUCUAACUUAUCCUACCCCCAAAUUAAGACCCCUCACGGAGUUUCUUCUGCCUGUGGUCCAGGCCUCCACUGAUCUCCUUAAAUCUACCACUAAAGUCCAAAAAUCUAUGCUAAAUGCUCUAGGCUCAUUAUAAUCCUUUAUAUAUCUUUUUUUUUAAACCCUUCCCUUCUGUCUUAGCAUCAAUACUGUGUAUUGGUUCUAAGGCAGAAGAGUGGUAAGGGCUGGGCAUUGGGGGGUUAAGUGACUUGCCCAGGGUCACAUAGCUGGGAAGUGUCUGAGGCCAGAUUUGAACCUAGGACCUCCCAUCUCUAGGCCUGGCUCUCAAUCCACUGAGCUACCCAGCUGCCCCCUCCUUUAUAUAUCUUAAGUAACUGUCUCUUUUGAUUAUUUUAGCUCACUUUAGUUCUUUCUGGGCCUCGUCAAGUUUCUGGGCCUGGCAAGCCUAAAAAGCCUGCGUCUACUCUAGAACUACACAGAUGAUAAAAAGUCUCUCUUUCCUCCUUCUGGUCUUCUUCACCAACUUAGCUCUCAAGCUCUACCCUACUUCCACUCAUAACUGCCAGAAUAGUUUUCCUAGUUUGCCAGAGUAAAUUGAGAGAUCAGGAACCAACCAGCCUCUCUGAGAGAAGGUGAACUCCCAGAGAGAUUUGACAGUUGGAAACCAACCAACUUCAAGCUUCCCCUGAAUUCUCAGAACCCCUCACCAGGAAUUCUUCCUCCAGAUUCCAACUAGGCCACUAAGUUACUUCAGACAGGAUCUUCCCUCUAUCAUUAACCACUGUCCCAAAAUUAAUCCUAAAUCCAUUUUAAUCCUAAUAGUUCUGUGUAUUCUUGUGAUGGGGGGAUCUUUAGGAGGGUGAUAAUGUUUUGUAGGUGGAGAUAAUGGACAGAAAAGGGGUCAUCAAAUAGCCUUCCUUUCACCAUCUUCAUGACUUCACUGAUGUUUUCAGAUUAUCAAGUCACAUCUCUGCUGAAUGGAUCAUAGAAAAGGGACAAAGCAAAAAGCCAACAUGAAAGAGGAAAAGAGAAAUCACCAAGAUCCUAUCAAUAUCAAUAUGAAUUGACAAUAAGAAAACAAUGAAUAAUAAAACUGAAAUGUUUUUGAAAUGGCUGAUAAAAUGGAAAAAAAUCAGCAACAAUGAAAAAGAAGAAAGCAAGCCUCAACUUUCAAAAUUAAAAUAAUAAACAUAUGAUUUAAAAAUAAA